AUGACCGCUUUCAAUACUCUUACUGCUAUUCUUACGCAAAACAAACUUGAGGGUCUGAAUUAUGUUGAUUGGAAACGAAACUUGGAAAUUGUCCUAAUUGCCGAAGAGUACAAAUUUGUGCUCGAUGAGUCAAUGGAGUCUGCUUAUGACAUUCUGGAAAAUCUCAAAGAAAUGUUUGGAGAUCAGAAUCGUACGGCUAAGCAGAUUACCAUGAAAGCUCUUCUAAAUACCAAAAUGGUUGAAGGUUCAUCGGUUAGGGACCAUGUUCUGAAGAUGAUGAGUCUUCUGAAUGAACUGGAGUUCCUUGGAGCUAACAUUGAUAAGGAUACGCAGGUUGAAAUGAUCCUGCAGACUCUGCCUGACAGUUUCAGCAAUUUCGCCUGA